CGCACUGGUAUUAUGGUUGAUAGUGGCAGCGGGACGAGCGACCUGUUGGCGCAGUAUAGGAAUAUAUCAAAUAAACUGAAAAAGAGGUUUCUGCGAAAGCCAAAUGUAACAGAAGCUAGUGAACAGUUUGGUGCUUUGGCAUUAAGAUGCGAACGAGAAGAACUCCCUCAGUAUGCUGGCUUGUGCUGGGCUGCAGCUGCUAGAUGUGAAGGUUCAUUGGGGAACAAUCCUGCAGAAGCCUGGGCUCUGGUGCGUGCUGCCAGGCAAUUCCUGUCAGCAGAAACCAAAGCAGCAUCUCUAGGCUGUACUGGUCCUGGUGCUGAUUACCUGCAGGCUGCUGCAAGUUGCUAUGGACAUGCUGCAAAUAGAUGGCAGCAGCACCAUGCAGCUGAGCAGCCCCCUAUUCCAGGUGCAGCAGUGCUUCCUUGCCCACUGUCCACAGGAUUAGCUGUUGAACUGGGUUUAGCACUGAAAAAUGACUUGCGACGUGUGGCAGAAGCUGCUACACAGUUCAAAUUAGCUGCACAACAAACUACAAGUCCACUUGACAGACUAAGCUGCCUAGGCCAUCUUGCAUCCUGCCGCAUUGAAUUAGGUGAUUAUGACGGUGCUUUGAAUGUAUUCAGUGAGAUGGUUCGUGUUGCAAAUCAAGGGAGUAAACCACCAAUGGGUGUAUACAGUGAUGUUCUGCACAGGUGUGAAGUGACACGUGUACUUUUGCUACUCAUUCUUCAGCCUGCUGCCCAACGACUUCCACCUGAUUUGGGACAAGUGCUCGAAAAGUAUGCAUGGGAAGCUGGUGGAAAUGUACCUGUGAAUUAUCUGAGUGAAGAUGAAUUUAUUCUCCUCCAGUCAUUGGUAAUGGCCUGUCAGUCAAAAGACUGUGAAUCUUUGCAAGAGCUGGAAGCACAGUUGUGGCCAUAUCUAACAGCUGAACAGCGUGGUUUACUACGCACAUUAGUUUGCCAUAUGACUACGUGAAGGUUGUGACUCAGGGCUGUUACACGUUGGAUUAAUCUUCUGUAAGGAGUUCUUAAUUGUUGUUGAAUGAGGUGCUGAAUAUACUUAACGAAAAUAAUUUGUGUGUAAGGUUGGUAUUUGCAUCAGAGAAUGUAUUCAAAUGUUUAAGAUGAAAUGUGUUGCAAAUAUAUGAAAAAAUUGUUGAGUCUGUAUCAUAUUUAUUAUAGAUCAGAUCUUAUAAAUGAAUUAAAGAUAUUUUCAUAGAUACUCAAUGAAAUAGUGGUUUUAAAACCAGGACUGUUUUUUUUUUUUUUUUUUUUUUUUGAUAAUGGUAACUACAUGUAUAGUCUUCUCUCACAUGACAUAUGCUGCCUCUUUGUACUGGUCUGAUAUUAUGAACCAUAUUGUGUUGGUUACAAGUAUGCAACAGUAUUUGCAAGAUACCUGUUAUUUACAAAAUUCUUCAUGUUCUUGUGCUGAAUAUGUACUUCUGUGACAAGAAAUUCACACAUCUCCAGAUUACACUAGAUGAAUAAAACAUGUUUGUACUUCCUGAUA